CUUGAACACUUCCAAUAUAUUUUCUCCCUCCGUAUCAAACACAGACACAGAAAAAAAAAUGGCUUUAACACUUCGCUCUUCAAUUUCCCUCGCCAGCCAGAAAGAAACCAAACUCCAAAAACCCGAUGACGAGGUUCCCACCAAAGUGUUUAACUUUGCAAAAGCCAACCCAUCUUUCCGUCUUAGAGCAAAGAGUUCCAUGCAACAAACACAUGUCACAGGAGACAACAACAAGAACAAAAACAACAACUUCAACUCCGAAGUAACGAUGAUAAACGAGAAAAGGGAGAAGGUUCACGCGCCAUCGGUUGCACAUAGCCACAAUGAUUCAAUGAGAGUUCCCGUGUUUGUGAUGCUUCCGUUGGACACUGUAACAAUGGGAGGGACUUUGAAUAAGCCGAGAGCAAUGAAUGCUAGUUUGAUGGCACUGAAGAGUGCGGGAGUGGAAGGAGUGAUGGUGGAUGCUUGGUGGGGUUUGGUGGAAAAAGAGGGACCCUUGAAGUAUAAUUGGGAAGCCUAUGCUGAACUUGUGCAGAUGGUUCAAAGGCAUGGCUUGAAGCUUCAGGUUGUCAUGUCUUUCCAUCAGUGUGGAGGAAAUGUUGGAGACUGUUGCAGCAUUCCUCUACCUCCAUGGGUGUUGGAAGAAAUCAGAAAGAACCCUGAGAUGGUUUACACAGACAGAUCAGGGAGGAGGAAUCCUGAGUACAUCUCAUUGGGCUGUGAUUCAAUGCCUGUUCUGCGAGGAAGGACUCCCCUUCAAGUCUACUCUGAUUACAUGAGGAGCUUCCGUCACAGAUUCAGAGACUAUUUGGGCAGUGUUAUCAUUGAAAUUCAAGUGGGGAUGGGUCCUUGUGGGGAGCUGAGAUAUCCGUCUUAUCCAGAAAGCAAUGGAACAUGGAGGUUUCCGGGAAUUGGAGAAUUCCAGUGCUAUGACAAGUAUAUGAGAGCUUCCUUGGAAGCAUCAACUGAGGCCAUUGGGAAGAAAGAGUGGGGGAAAAGUGGACCACAUGACUCAGGCCAAUACAACCAAUUUCCUGAAGACACUGGAUUUUUCAAAAGGGAAGGUACAUGGAACACAGAAUAUGGACAAUUCUUCCUUGACUGGUACUCCACCAAACUUGUUGAACAUGGUGAGAAAAUCCUUGUAUCAGCCAAAGGCAUAUUCAACUCAUGUGGGGUGAAACUAUCUGCCAAAGUAGCUGGAAUUCAUUGGCACUACAAGACUAGGUCACACGCGGCUGAACUAACUGCAGGCUACUACAACACGCGGUUUCGCGAUGGAUACCUACCAAUAGCACAAAUGGUGGCAAAACAUGGAGUUGUGUUAAACUUCACCUGCAUGGAAAUGAGGGACAGAGAGCAACAUGAGCAUUGUUCCCCUGAGGGGUUGGUUCAUCAAGUGAAGAUGGCAGCCAGAACAGCAGGAGCAGAACUUGCUGGGGAGAAUGCACUUGAGAGAUAUGAUGCAGGUGCAUUUUCUCAAGUUCUGUCAACAAGUAACUCUGGUUCUGGAUUGGCUGCAUUCACUUAUCUGAGAAUGAAUAGGAGGUUGUUUGAGGGAGACAAUUGGAGGCACUUUGUGGAGUUUGUGAAAUGCAUGUCUGAAGGUGGAAAGAGACAAAGGCUUCCUCAAUCUGAUUCUUGUGGGACUCAUCUUUAUGUUGGACACAUCACAGGAAUUCAGAAGCAGCAAGAGCAAGCUCAAGAGGUUGCUCUUGUGUGAAUAAGUAUAGCAUCAUGUGGAGGGGUCACUGUGUAUACUGUCUAGUUAAGUUAAAAGCAUCAUAGUUUUAUAGAAGAGAAAAAGAGAUAGAAUUAUGAUGGGUAUACGCAAGGAAAAUGGCGUAUUCUAGACCAAACCCUGAGAUCAUUAGGAAAAAUAUUGUUUUAUUUCAUGUUAGAAAUCCAAUAAGUGCUGUGCGGUUAAUUCCCGCAAAUUGAUCUUAUGUGGUAUUUCACAUGAAUUCGUUUGUUAAUUUGUUCCAAUCAUAUGUUCAAACUCUUUAAAGAGAAAAAUGAAAAAUCUUUCCAUAUAAUUUGAUUA